AUGAAGACAGUCUCCGGCUCCGUCAGGGGAAUUGCUGUGGCUGGUGCCGUGGCCGGACUCGGGGCUCUUCACACGGCGGCCGCCUUCCCCCUCUCUGAAGAUCCUAUUCUCCCUCCGCUCGCCAGUCGGGACGUGACGGGAAAUGGCGAUGACUUGAGCGGCAAGACAUAUGACUACAUCGUCGUCGGUGGUGGUCUGGCUGGUCUGACCGUGGCCGCCAGGUUGUCUGAGGACUCUGAUGUGACCGUUGCCGUCAUCGAGGCCGGCCAGGACAUCUACGGCGCAGAUCAGACCAGAUUCCUCACGCCGUCAGCGGUUCUGUACGAUUCGUUCCUGAACACCGAGUACGACUGGAAGUAUGUGACGACGGCACAGGCUGGUCUCAACCAGCGGACCACGCCAUGGGCCCGAGGCAAGGUCCUCGGCGGCAGUUCGUCAGUCAACAGUAUGUACAUGGUCCGGGCUUCGUCCCGGGAAUUCAACUCGUGGGGCUCGCUUAUCGGUGCUCCCGAGCUGUGGGGCUGGGACAGCAUGUUUGCCGCCAUGAAGAAGUCGGAAGAUUUCCAAGAGCCUGUUCAGGCUGUGCGAGACAUGGUGCCCAGCCUUAAAUGGAAUCCAGCCAGCCAUGGUACUGGAGGCAACAUCAAGACGGGGUGGCCUGGCGUCAGCUAUCCUUUUGUCCAAUCUUUCCUGACCGCCGUCUCGAACCUUGGCACGCCCAUCUCCAGCGACCCGGACGCUGGUGAUGCCUGGGGGGCGUUUCUGGCCACGUCUGCCAUCAACGCGCAGGUUUGGCAGAGAUCCAGCUCACGGACGGGCUACUUGGACAGCAUCGACACAGAGCGAACCAACAUCCACGUCCUCACUGGCCACCAAGCCACCAAGGUGCUGCUCGACACCUCGGACCCCAACAGCGUCAAGGCCACCGGCGUCCAGUACGCCACGAACGCGAGUGCUCCGGUAUUGACCGUCAACGCGGCAAAGGAAGUGAUCAUUUCUGGUGGCACUAUCAACUCGCCGCAGCUUCUGCAGCUCAGCGGCAUCGGCGAUGCAACCCAGCUGAGCCAGCUCGGCAUUCAGUCGACAGUCAACCUCCCUGGCGUAGGCCACAACGUCCAGGACCAUAUCAGCGCCGCCCUCCUCUACCCCCCAACAGAUCCAAGCAAGCAGCCGCCAGCCAAGAUCACCGGCGACGCUGUAACAGACUCGUUUGUCCAGUCUGCCAUCGCAUAUAUCAACCUGACAACUCUCGUUGGUGCCGAGUCGGGCACUCUCCUAGACACGCUGCGCACCAAUGUCAGCAAUGCCAUCAACAGCGCCGCGGUAUCAGAUGCGGUUAAGCAGGGGUGGAACCUCACAUAUACCAGCCAGGUGAACAACGUCUACGACUCACCGGUAGGACUCGUCGAGAUUCUUUUAGCCGACAUCUACGGCACAGUCAACAUACAAGUGGCACUCCAACAGCCCCUGUCUCGCGGCUCGAUCCUCAUCACGAGCACGGACCCCUUCGCGCCGCCCGCCAUCGACCCCAAGUACCUCUCUCUCGACGUGGACCUGCAGCUGCUGCGCGAGGGCCACAAGCUGGCGCGCAAGAUCGGCGCCGCCAUGACGGACGUGCUGGGCGCCGAGUCGCAGCCGGGGACCGCGGCCGUGGCCAGCGAGGACGACGCCGCGUGGGACGGCUUCAUCCGCCAGAACGCGGGCACCGAGUACCACCCGUCGUCGUCGUGCUCGAUGCUGCCGCGCGAGCAGGGCGGCGUCGUCGACAAGAACCUGCUCGUCUACGGCACGUCGAACCUGCGCGUCAUCGAUGCCAGCAUCGCGCCCACGAGUGUUAGUGCGCACUUGAUGACUGCGACGUACGGCAUUGCUGAGAUCGGCGCCGAUAUUAUCAAGGCCGCGCGCAAGGCCGCGACCCAGUCUGCUACGGGUAAGCUGCAGCAGGCUCAGGAGGUCAGCCCUGCUGCUGAGAGUGGGGAUGAGCAAGGCGAGGAGAAGGAUUCCUCCAAGACGGCCGUCGUGUCUGCUGGGGCUGGGACUGCUGCGGCGGGUUCGGUCCUGGCGGCCGGCUUGGUCAUCGGCCGUACGGCCCUGCGAAGAUGGCAGGGUCAGAAGUACGCCCAGGUUGUGUCUUGA